AUGGCAAAAAAAAACGUUCUUUUGUUCAGUGACACGUUUAACAUCAAUGAUAUGGACAAAGAAGGGAAAAAGUUCGAUCGUGUUUCACGCUUCACUGGACGUGGCGAAAGUUUGGAAAUGGAACUCACAAUAGACAUAAACAUUGAGCUUUAUCCCCUAGACAUAGGUGACAGGGUUAAUGUUAUUCUUACCACUUCAUUAGCUUUAGAACCUUCAGUAAUUCAACAGGCCGAAGAUGUUAUUGGAGGAACUCUAGCCGAGGAAAUGAAUCAAAAGAUUUCUUGGAGGGAAAAAGGCCCUAUGGAAAGGGAUCUGUCAGACGAUUAUGAAUAUGUUAUGUACGGAAAGGUCUACAAAUACGACGAAGAAAGAAGAAGCAAGGUUGCCGUAUACAUAUCUUAUGGUGGAUUAUUAAUGGCACUAGAAGGGGAUUUUCGCCAUGUACAAAAUUUACAUGUUGGUCAACAG